AUGGGAUUAUCGCGCUGUCCGCCAGAAACGGAAACGGCUAUCGUUUUCAUGGAGAACCUCCGCGCAGGUGCUUCUCGCACCAUCCGCAUCAGCUCCACUCCUCCCGACAAUGAGGUGGAUGUCUCGUGGCAUGUAACGUAUCACUUUCAUGCUGCGUGGUACCGUUAA